AAUCCCGAGACUGAUUUCUAGAUUGACAUUCUGCGAGCGCGGGCGGCGGUAUAUACACAGGACACAAUGGCUUCAUAUUUACGGUCGCCCUUUGGGCUGGCUAAGCGUCUAAGGAUUGCGCCUCCGAAACCCAUUCAAGCCCGCACAGUAUACCAGUCUCGCCAACCGUGGCAUGGCAAUCAAUCGGUUGCGCUCGAGCACCAGCGUGAUGAAUCCGUCGACUUUGACGACUUUAUGAGAGAAACUGCACAAGAAGCCCGCGGCGUCACACUCCCAGCACGCGAACCCUUCUUCUCUCCCGAGAUCCAGCGUGAACUCGAAGGUCUCCGCCUCCCUCGCUCCAUCCAUCUCAACUACCUCAAGCCCCUCAAGCGCACACCCGUACACGGUGUUCCCGCUGCCGACCUCCAGCUCCGCUCCUACAGUGUGCGCAACCUCGAAUUCUUCGCAGACUUUGCCCUGCGCGCUGCCUACUACCUCAAUCUCCCUGCAAAGGGUCCCGUACCACUCCCGAAGAUCACCGAGCGCUGGACAGUCCCCAGAUCAAACUUCGUGCACAAGAAGAGUCAGGAGAACUUUGAGCGUAUCACAUUGAGAAGGUUGAUUCAGAUUCAAGAUGGACACCCGGAGGUCGUACAGAUCUGGCUGGGCUUCCUGCAAAAGUACGCUUACUAUGGUGUUGGUAUGAAGGCCAAUGUGUGGGAAUACUCAAGCCUGGACGUCAGCAAGGAAAUGGAUGAGCAGGCCGAAAAGGCAAAGGCGGAGAUUGAUGAUAGGUUGAAGUUGUUUGGAAGAAGGAGCGAUCGGGUUAAUGACGCUGAUGUUGAUGGUAUCAUCCAUGAUGAUAUUUUCAAGGGUGCUUCAGGUUCGUUGGCACCCAUGGGCAAGCUCUAGAUUGAAAGAGUUGCUGCUUUUUUCUUCGCAUCUUCAUGGGCGCUCUUCUCAGGACUUUGUACAGUAUCUCUUUGUAUAAAAUGGUAAAAGGAGGAUUUAUGGUUAUCUGAUGUUCGAUACAAGUACCAGC